AGGUGAUGUCGUAGCUUCAAUAAUCUGGCUCUCAUCUCUAAGUUGUGAGAGCAGGGAGAUGAACAAAUGCUGGAAAGCAGUUUCUGUUUGAAGAGACCACUAUGAAAUGAAUCGGUCUGCUAUCAUCUCCGCCUCUAGUCAUAUAUCUCAUCUUCUACUGAAGGCCGGUAUACCAUAGAAUAAAAAACCGUUCAUCUAUAUUUUAGAGGCAUUCUUGUUGAUUGAAUUUGAAACGCCUACCCCCCUAAAAAGCCCUCGUCCUGGUUUUCCGAUAGCGGAACUGGUUUGUCUACUUCUUGCCGACUUGUUCUGUGCGACGCCUUCUCCAGCACGACGCCAACUGUAGCCCCACUUUGAAACCAUAGUACUGCAGCACGAAAACAAAGACUACGCCUCCUAGUCUCCGAAACAUACGACAAGACCUCUAGUACACCUUCUCCGUACCAACAAGACCUCACCUACACCUCUCCGAAACAACAUCUUCAGGAUGACGGGUAUGCCGGAGAACCAUACGUUGUACAUCAACAACCUGAAUGACAGGAAAAAUUGUGAACUCCUAAAACAAGAGUUGCAGAGGGUGUGCUCAGCAUACGGCGACAUACAUGACAUCAUAUGUAUGAAAUCCCUGAAGAGAAGGGGGCAGGCGUGGGUGGUAUUGAAGAUACUGUGUACUUGUUUUUUUUUAAGUAGGAAGACAAGUAGAGGAAGAGGACUUUGUUUCUGUUAUUUGGUGAUGAAAUAAGAACGACCACGAGGAUCAACUACGUUGAAUUCUUUUCUAAAUGAAGAUGUUGUGUUGUUCCUCGUCCGAUGAAAUACCUCACUUAUUGCUCCAAAAACAGGUUUUCAAAUCAAUAGCCUCCGCGCGAGAGGCAAAGGAGAGGUUACAGGACUAUCCGCUUUUUGACAAGCCAAUGCGAGUAGACUUCGCGCGAACAAAGAGUGACGUCAUUUCCAAGGAGGAUGGAACUUUCGUGCCUAGACCGAAGAACACACUAAAACAAGAUCCAACAAAACGAGAUGCGGAGAAGAAGAAAGUAGAAUUAUUUGAUAUGGGUUAUUUAUGGGAGAAUUUUUUAUAUGAAGAUGAUCAACAUGAUGAACAUUGUUGCAGUUCUUACUUUCUUGACGAAAAAUUUCAAUAAAAUAAAUUUCAGCAUUGUUUAAUAUUCUCAAGCACAACAUCCACAUCUUGUUCUUUCAACUUCAGGCCGAGGCCCAGCAGGCCGCAAAAGAAGCUGCUGCCGCAGCUGCUCCAAGUGGAGUGCAGCCAGGGCAGAUGGGAGCCAUGAACUUUAGGCCAGGGAUGCCAGCUGUCGCAGGUUCAACGCCAGCAUUCUUCCAAGUGCCAACAAUGCCGAUGCUGCAGCCACAGUUGGGAUCGAUGGUAUUAUAGAUUUGAAACAUGAUACCACUUCUAACCUCCCUCUAUAGAUAAGUACAUAGUUUUUCCCACAUCAUAAUCUUAAUCAUGUUGGUCAUGAUCCUCAUCUUGUUCCACCUAUAGAAGGUACUUACAUAGUUUUUCCCACAUCAUAAUCUGAAUCAUGGUCAACAUGAUCGUCCUCAACCUCAACCUCAUCAACUUCUUCCUCUAACCUUCUUCAUCAAAGAAUCAAAGAAACCACAACAGUACCCGAACGAGACUUUGUUCGUGCAGAAUUUGCCGAAGCAAGCGACGGAAAAUCUUCUGCGAUUGCUCUUCCAGCAGUAUCCAGGGUUCAAGGAGGUCCGAUACAUCGACAGCAGAAAUUGCGCAUUCGUGGAUUACUCUACUACGCCCCACGCAACCCAUGCAAUGCACGCCUUGGCGACUUUGGAAAUCCAACCAGGUUUGAGGAUGAACAUCAGCUAUGCGAGAAAGUAGAAGGAGAAGACUUCUUGAUCUUUUGAGGCAGGAGGUGGAGAUCGAUCAUCGUCCGUUGCAGCUACAUCUUUGGAGGUGUAGUUGCAGGAGGAGGUGGAGAUUGAUCAUCGUCCAUGUUGUAUGACAAUGCUCUGGUGGGGAAAUUCAAGUAGUCGAAGAAAUUCGGGUUCAUAGUCAAGGUAUCAACACGAACAAGAUAGAUUCAUGUAGUGCUGAUCAUGGUUCAUUUUCUCGAAGACAAAAAGUACUAAAAACGCACCCGCCCCCUUUGAGUGGUUGUAGUCCACCCCCACAUCGUCAAGAACAUCUGGACAUCUCGGUUUAUUUCUAGAAAGAAGAUUCAUCCUUUGAAGAAGAUGUAACAAAGUAAGUACUCUACUAAAGUUGUCGUUCACAGCAAACAACAAUUUCUCUUUCU